AUGAGCACCACUUCAAAACUAGCUUCCAAGCCUGAUACCCCUCCAAGCGAAUCUUCUACUCCGCAGAAAAACACCCCGCUCGCACUACCCGAGGUAGCACAUAAUCACACGCAGCUGGAUAUGAGCCAUGGAAGCACAACAGUCAAGUUGGAUCAUUUGGGGCCGAUGGUGGUGGGUGCGGACGGUACACUCAGUCGCAUAACAAACUGGGAAGGCAUGACGGACGGAGAGAAAAAAGCUACUUUAAGGAUCAUUGGAAAGAGAAAUCAGGAACGUCUAAAGACGCUGAGAGAAAAGGACGUUCAGGGUUGA